AUGGCUUUAGUUUCAAGAACUUGCAGCAGAAUGCUGGAGAAGAGUGGUUAUUCUUCUUUCCGCAUGAAUGAGGAAUUGGAAGAGGUGCCUGCGCUGACCGAGCCUGCCUGCAAUGACCAUGGCGCCCGCGUCGUGUACCGAAGUGGCUCUCAGGUCCAUUUUCCCGCGGACGUAUUGUGUCCAGGCAGUUCCAAUGCGGCCAACUCCAGCGAUCCGUGCGUCUCGUCAGCGUUUCGAUCCAAGAGCUUCGCGCAUGCACGCAGCUGCCGGCUGCCUCCGCCCGCGUUUCGCGCUGCUGCUGUCAAGUGCCGAACCCAAGCUGCCGCAUCCUCGCGGCCGUCGAUAGCCGUGUCGCGGUCAGCAGGGCGUCCCUGGUGUUCCAAACCUAGUGUAAUCCGAUUCUGGGUCGUGUCGGGUGACCGAACCCGAAGCAGGUCAGGGUUGACCUCCCUCGAUUUAGAGGCGGUCGAAUUACAUGAUUUGAGAGACAGCAAAGGUCUGGAGAUGAGUACGUACGAAUGUCCGGCAGGUGUGCGGCUGGGCGAUGUAGUCGACGAAGGUCGAGAGCUGAAGUCUUGGCAGCGGCCGGGCGGUGGUCUGGCGGAAGGCACGUCCGGGAGCGGUAUGGAGGCAGGCGGCGGCCAGGCUUGUGGGUCUGGCUGCAGGCGGCGGCCGAACGGUGGUCCGGCGGCAGGCGGCGGCCGGGCAGUUAGUCCGGCUGAUAGUGAAGGCGGUGGUUCAGCGGCAGGCGGCAGACCGGGCAGUGGUCCGGCGACAGGCGGCGGCUGGUGGUCUGCUGGGCAGUGA